GUGACGUCACUAUCAGCAACCUCGAAGUGAGUAACAAGUCACAAGUAAGACUGUCAGCACUGUCUCACGAGACGAAAACAAGUCCAGUUUUCUGAUCUUUUUAGUCGUCAACAGAUAUCAAGAUGAAAUUCAAGUUUAAGGAAGAACACACAUUCGAACAAAGAAAAGCUGAGUCAACAAAGAUCAAAACAAAAUAUCCUGAAAGAAUUCCGGUGAUAGUGGAGAGGGACCCCAAGAGCCAAAUACAGAACAUCGACAAGAGAAAGUUCCUUGUUCCCAAUGACAUCUCAGUGGCUCAGUUCAUGUGGAUUAUACGCAAACGUAUUCAACUUCCAUCGGAAAAAGCCAUCUUUCUUUUCGUAGGGAAAAUACUGCCUCAGUCAAGUGCAAGCAUGGGCCAGGUUUAUGAAGAUCAUAAGGACGAAGAUGGAUUUUUGUACAUAGCUUACAGUGGAGAAAACACCUUUGGCUUGUAGCCGUGUCAGCAACCGGACCGAUAUGUUUCAUUGUUUGCCUUCAUGCUUGAAGAUUUGAGACAGGAAGCCAAGCCGAUGCUGAUAUCAUGUGCAAUGCAUUCAUGAUGGCAGAAAAAAAAUGUGAUAUCUUUGUUGAAAGUUAACAUGGUUAAAGUAUUUGUCUUAUUGUACUGUAGUAGUGUUGAUCAGUGAUUCAAUGUAUGUGUUUGCAUUCCGCCUCUAUUUGUAACCAUGGAUACCAAGCACAAGGAAUCCAACAUUCCCUGUUCAACAACAGACUCAACAAUGGCCUCAAAUUCUGUUUUAUCAUAUGUGGUCAGUUUUCAUUUUUUAUGGUUCUACAUAGCAUGGUUCAAAUGUUUGAAGCUCUUGUCUCUAAUAAGACUGGUUUUGCAUCCUGAAUUUUGUAAAAGGGAGGGAAUCAAAACCUGGCCUAUAUUUUAUCAUGAGUUCGGUAUCUGAAUGGGUUACUUUUUGAUGAAAAGAGUCCAUUCAUUUAGCUCAAGACCAAGCAUCCCAAUUUCCAGUACUUACUGAAACUAGUAUUAUCAUGUGAGAGUUAUAGUAUUAAAGGAUUGUUUUAAUAUGUUGUUUUAUGGAACUGUAUAUAUCUUUGUACAGGAAGUAGACGAUUUUCUUCCGUUUGUAAACAUAUCUAUUCCACAUACAUUUCAAGUAUUGAUAUAAUUAACCAGUAUCAUCAAUGUAUAAGCCGUGUUAUAGCAACUAUAACAAUUAUUAUCAUGCACUUUAUAUGCUUGAAUACAUGAAUACAAUAUUCAGGGCUCAAUGCUUGCAUACAGUGUUAUUAAGCUCAACCACAGUAGAGGUAUUAGCUUUGAUAGGUGAUUUAGUGACAUAUAGCAUGGGAUUUGAACUUGCUCAUUUUGAAAGGGAGUUAACUGUAAUUGUCUUCCUGUAGCGUGGGAAAUUUGUUUCAAACUUUGGAAAUUGUUUUUCUGGUGUUGUUUCAGUUUAUGCUAUGUAAGUAUUAGAUUUGAAUUUGAAAAUAAAAGUUGUUCAUGGUUUGAGAUCAAGUUAGAUAUUCCAUAGUUGAUCUUGCACAAAAAAUAAUUUCGAUUCAUUCCAGUCAGUUUGGAGAAUCAUCUGACACCUUCCACUGUGAUGGCUUGGUGUUUAGGAUAUUGUGGAGCACCUCCUAUAGUCACAUGAACUGGACACAAGCUUUCUGUGCCAGUAUGGAUGUAGGCAAUUUUGCACAUUAGAAAUUAACUUCAAGAAUUGUUCAUUUGAUAAAUUGUCGGAAUGAUUUAAUAAAAAGUAGCCCUGAUACUAGGAAAUCUUGACUUACCAAACAAUAGAGAUUUGCAUAGGGUUUUUAUGCUUUUUAUGCAGUAUUGUGUCAAAGUUGUUAUGAGAGAUUGCUGUGGAUACAGGUGUUUCUCAAGACUUCUUGGACCCAAGUUGACAUGAAAUCCCAAACUGGAGUGAGAAUUUUCCCAGUUAACAUUAUUAUAAUUAUAUCUGAUAAUUGGUUUGGUCAAACUGAUUUCUAAUAGAUGAAGGAACUAUCAUGCUUAGUUUUUCAUUACUGAAUCUGAUGAUAUUAUAAAUGUUAAAAGAUCUAUGAUUUGAAGUUAAAAGGAACUAACAAAUACUUUUCCCAAUUUUCUGUCAAGAGCUUGUAGGGGGCCGUUCAUAAUUUAUGUACAUAAAAAUAUUUAAACAAUACACUUUAAAAAUAUGGAAAGGGGGAGGGGGGUCAUUGACUUUGUACAUGACAUGCAGGGGGGUCACUUACUUUGUACAUACAUUUUGGGGGGGUCACUUACUUUGUACAUACAUUUUGGGGGGGUCAUUCACAUACACGCACACACACACACACACACGCCAUAAAUUAUGAACGGUCCCUAGUUUGGAUGCUUAGACAAAUCAGGGACCUUAAUGUGUUAUUCCUUGAACGUUAAUGUGUUACUCCUUGGACAUGCAUCUUCACUCUAUGUUUGCUACAGUGUCAGAGUUUGCUUGUCUAGUCAGAAGAGCUUUGUCAGUGGAACAACAUACAGCUUCCAGGAACAUUUUGGGAUGCAAGAUUAGCUGAUCUUGCUAACUUCAAAGAGAUGGUGACAUUAGUUUCUGUCUCCCUGUAGUUGGUAGUCCCAGCACCAUGUGACCUUUGUUAGGUUUAUCUUUAAGACAGGGCUUUUACUCGGACACUGGUAAUGGUUAGUGUGUUCUGCCAACAUUGUGUGUUUGAUCAUCCAGGUUAGCAAGUCUGUUUAGGGGAACAGGUCUGAACAUGUCUAAUGAACAGGUGGUGUUUGGUGAUGUUGUGAACAACCUCUGCCCACUUCCUGUGUAUGUUUUACUGUGUAGUUGUGGUGUUAUUACAGUUUUUGCUGGUAAUCUUCACUAGUCCAUAUUUGAUUCAGGAGGCUUUGCUUGCCCAUAUACUGGAGACAGUGGCUGUCAUCAGUGCUCAUCACUACCCUCAGGGUGUUGCCCAGCCAACAGUGGUACAACAUCAUAUAAGGGAUGUCAUGUAUAUUUCUCUGUCUCAACUAAACCCAUCUCUGCAAUCCAGUGUAUGCCAGUUUGGACUUAUCAGACAAAAGCCACAAUCAUAAUAUAAUAAAACUGUUUUUCUUUCUUUUUUUUAGUAUAAUAAACUGUUAAAUUAUUUAUUUAUUUGCCUGACGUCUCCAUCUUUAGUGUAUUAGAAAUAGACUUCCAUGAAGGAAACUCAAACAAAAGUGACUUACUUAACCCUAGAGAUACUAUCUGGUCAAAGGCAUUGUACGCAAUCUCUUGCCACUGCAAAUAUCCUGUCAACAAAAUAAAAUCUUGAAAAAUAUAACGAUUGAAUAUAAAUACGAAACAUCAGCAUCCUUGACGGCAUUGGCACCCAUGUAGUACUGGUGUGAUUGACCCAAACAAUUUUGCAACAAAUAACAUAUAUAAAUAUUGUGCAUAAAAAAGUAUAUUUUCAUGUUGUACUUGGAACUAUACAACCUAAUUAGCAUGCAGCAAUUGACACCCGAAAACUCUGUUGCCAAGAUACCUGUUCAAAUCGUAUACCAGGUAACAUCAUUGUGUGAACCAGUUAUAUAAUAAAUAUACAAAUACCCAUCAGGUUAAGAUAAACCAGUUUCGACCUGGGCCCACCGGUAUAUUGGCAUCUUUGAGUUGCCCCUUCCCACAAGCUGCAGCGUUAAACAGCUCCUCAAGGAGCCAAGAUUUGCUUGUGCAAGUUGACUGUUCAGUUGUGGUUCUUCCUCUAUGGCCGUCAGACAACAAGGUCCCUGUUGUGGUAUACAUGUAUCCAAGGCCCACUGUGUUUGAAUUCUGUAUGCAUAUUUGAACAGCGCCUGUGGUAUGUAUGUAACACUGAUUGUUCAAAAGUAACCCCGGAGGUUGUGAUGUAAGGUUCCCGUGCACGUCAUCUUACUAAAGUUGCCAAAAAUGUCCUACCACCUUUGGUUGAUAGAGCCAUUUUUACCUCACAAUCUGCUUGACGCCAUUUCCUGGCAGGCUUGGAAGAAUUUCAAAACCAAAGUGACCAUGUUUUAGUCUUUCACCUGUGUCCAUCCCUGGACUGUUGUUUGAAGGUUGGUGUAAGAGUGGGGGCGCUUGUCAGGUCACCUGCCUUGUGUCAGAAGUACUCAUGCUUGUGAAUAAAAUAUCUUCUAACUUA